AUGCUGCUUGUCGGCAGUCGACGCGAGAAGGGCAGGAGGCGCGGAAGGAAAGUGCGCAAGGACGAAGAAGGCGAUCGUUGGGGCGCUAUUUGGUGGUAUUCGUUCCUCGUCAAGCAGAUGGAGCGGGCUGGGCCUACGUUUAUCAAGCUCGCUCAGUGGGCUGGCAGCCGUCAAGACUUGUUCCCCGAUGAGCUGUGUCAGCGUCUCGGUCGACUUCACUCGAACGGUAAGCCUCACUCGUUCCGUUACACCAAGCGUGUCAUUGAACGCAUCUUCCAGCGACCCUUUGACGAGAUCUUCGAGGAAUUUGGCCAUGAGCCUAUGGGUAUCGGAGCCGUAGCUCAAGUGUACAAGGCAACACUCAAGCACGAUCUGCUUCCACCGGGAUACAAGCGCGCAAAGAAGCAGGCCACCCGGGACGAUGCCACCCAGAAGCUGUCCAAGACCCUGGCGCUUUCUUAUGAGGAAGACGUUGCGCCGCCGCAGAUCCCCACCAACAGCGUCGCCAUCAAGAUCCUCCAUCCGCGCGUUGAAAAAACCAUCGGACGCGACAUCAAGAUCAUGCGCUUCUUCGCGCGUCUCAUCAACCUCAUCCCCGGCGCAGAGUGGCUCUCGUUCCCCGAGGAAGUCGACGUCUUUGCCGAAAUGAUGUUCUCGCAACUCGAUCUGCGCAACGAGGCGAACAACCUCAGUCGAUUCGAGCAGAACUUUGCGAGACGCCGAUCCGCCAUCUCGUUUCCGCGCCCGCUGACGCAGUUCAGCACCAAGCAGGUGUUGAUCGAAGAGUUUGAGGAUGCGCUGCCGCUCAAGCACUUUUUGCAGCUAGGAGGCGCCAAGUUUGAUCACCGGAUCGCCAAUUUGGGGUUGGAUGCGUUCUUGAACAUGCUGCUCAUCGACAAUUUCACCCAUGCCGACUUGCACCCGGGCAACAUCAUGAUCAAGUUCUACAAGCCGUCGACCGAGUCAUUACUCUCGGAUCUGUUUGCGAGGAUCUUGAGCAAGUUCGACAGCGACUAUGCGCCCGGGCAGAGCAAGGCACCGGCUACGGCCGACGACCAGGUGGAUCAGAGCAUCGUCGAGCGGCUACGCCCGCUGAGGCACGAUCAGGAUGCGUGGCUCGACGAGCUGGAUCGGCUCGAUGCGCAGGGGUACCAGCCCGAGAUCGUCCUCCUCGAUGCCGGCUUGACGGUCGAAUUGACCCCCUUGAAUCGACGCAACUUCCUCGACCUCUUUUCGGCCGUUGCGCAGUUCGACGGGGCGCUGGCGGGACACCUGAUGGUUGAACGCUGCCGUAUGCCCGACCUGGUGGUGGACGAGGACGUGUUUGCGAUGAAAAUGCAAGACCUCGUGCUCAGCGUCAAGUCCAAAACGUUUUCGCUGGCCAAGAUCAAGAUCUCGGACGUGCUCAACAAGGUGCUCAUGGCGGUACGCGAGCACCAUGUCAAGAUGGAGGCGGAUUUCGUAAACACAGUCAUCUCGAUCCUGCUGCUGGAGGGGAUUGGAAGGCAGUUGGAUCCGGACAUGGAUCUGUUCAAGAGCGCCCUGCCCAUCUUGAGGCAUCUGGGGCGCGAGUUGCAGAUGCAGGAGGGCGGCGGGAUGCACGUGCCCAAGAAGGAGGAGUUCCUGCGCAUGUUGCCCAUGUUGAAGGUGUGGCUGUACAUGGAGGCGAGGGGCAUCCUGUCUGCGUUUACGGACGCAAAGGUGAGCACGGUCGAUGCAUUCAUGCGGUACGGGUGGCAUUCCGAGUGA